AUGUCGUCUUGGGAAAUGUUGUAUGAUGGUUCAACGAAUAAGUAUUUGGGGUAUGUUGCGUCUGUCGAACAAGCCAUGAAGUUGAUAAGAGAAUAUGAAUUAAAAACCACCAGUACAUUAUCUUGUUUUAAAGCGGAAAACACAUUUGGACAAGGAGGUAAGGAUUUUAUAUAUAUAUAUAUAUAGGAUUUUAUACUAAUAACGCACUGGUCAUUACUUACAGGGGGGAGGGGGCUGGUGAAAAGAUGCGGGCCAGAUAUUUUUGUAACCGAGAGGCCUCAAAUUUAAAAUUUUUCCCAUCCACAAAAUUGCCUAGGGUCUUAUUGUAUAAGGUCAAUAAAUGGUUUUGUUUCAUACGAACACACAUAAAGUAUGUAUUGUGUGUGUGUGUGCAGGGGGGGAGGGUGGUUAAAACAAAAUUCAUAUUAGCCACUGGUGGUGGGGGGGGGGCAACAAAAUUUGAACAUGUUUUCACCAGCUCCUUCCUCCCCCCUUAUGUUUUUGAAGCUCCAGGACUGCGUUUCUGGCAGUUUCUGAAGAAAAUUCGCAAACAAAUUGCAUCCCAAAUGACAAAUUUAUCUGAAAAGGUAAAAACUUUAAAUUGAAUUUUACCUGAUAUUUUCUGGAGCUGCAGAUCUGGGGUUUUUUUACAUGCCUAACAAGCUAGAAGCCGAUAAUCCUGAAUAAUCACAUCUGGAUAUCUUUGUUCUGGGGGGGGGGGCUUACUAAAGGGGGGCUUACUAACUUUUUUUAUGAAAAAGGGCGGGGCUUUUAGAGGACUUACAGUAUGCAAUUAAUAAAUUCAAUAGUCAGUCUCAGUUGGCUUGGUUAUGUUGUCCUCUAAUUACCUUAAACUAUUUCAGUAUAUUACAGAAAUUACACGAUUUUUAUUCUAACAUUAUAGACCCUUUUGCCAAAUCAAGGAAAGUAUAUUUCAAGGAUGAUAAUAUUCCAUUUGAUGGUAGUCCCUUCUUCAUAAUUGCCACAAAGGUAUUUGACUGUCGCCACGGACCAGAUAGGAAAAAGGCAUCCAAAAAGAAAUUAGCUCAAGAAAAGGUGCAGUAUGUUAACUGUGUAUGCCGGAUUAUAAUAUAGGUACAGUAAGCCAUUGCAGCAACAAAACCAUAGCAAAAAUUUUGCUCAUAAUUUGAUCAAUGUACACAGGGCCAUAGCAAUCAGGGGUGGGGUUGGGGGGAAGGGUUGUGCAACACCACCUGAUAAUUGCUGACAAGCUAUUUCAGGUGGAUUUCCAGCAGAUUAUCAGGUAAAUUCAGGUAAUUCUCCGGGCAUAAAAAAGCGAACUCUAUGCUCUGAAUCAGAAUUAGAGCUAACAAUCGACCAACUUAAAGACGUUGAGAGACGUCAUGGCAGGGGGGGGGGGGCGUGGCCAAAUACCCUUUCUGACGAUCUGGAGACGAGAGACUCCGAUUUCCAAAAUUUUCUCAAUUUUCGUAGUAACAUUAAACUGUAUGUAAUAAUACUUAUCUUCACUGUUAGGCAAUACUAAAAUAUUGAUUUAUUGGGUAGGAAAGACUCUAAAAAUGCCAUUUCCGAAUUUUCAAAUUUUCAAAACAUUUUGCGAUGGUGGCGCCUCGCAAAAUCAGGUCAAAACGUAAUUCAGGUAAAUCUAACCUUACCCCAACCCCAAGGCAAAGUCCUAGCAACAGCCCUGAAUGUGCAGCACUUCAUCCUAUGUUGUAUUAACCCACUGAUGAGAAAGGUUACACAAACAUUGUAUUUCGGCCAAUGCCAGAUGAUUUUGUUCAUUUUUUUACCACUGAUCAAGCUGAUGUACUAUUGCCUCUUAGUAUAAUAUGUGUCGUAACAUGGCGGACAUGUCUCGUGCUUCGCUUAUGUUUCAAGUUUUUGCUUUAGUACUUUUGAGUUUCUGCAUUCAUAAGAAACAACUUAUACAAUCAGAUGGCAUAAGUAUUACUAUACUUGAAGAAGAUGAAGGAAUGGUGAAGGAGAACUACAUAUUUCGACAAUUUGGAGUUACAAUCGAAGCAGUGAGUUUUUUGUUUAUCAAUCAACAAGGAGAAGUAUGUACAUGUGCUUUGUUGUUAAUAUGUGGUGAUAUUGAGGCAUGUCCAGGACCGUUAAAUGCUCAAUUACAUGACUUUAUUCAACUCAGAGGGCUUGCGGAUUGUUCACUAAGUUUCAUAGUGUAGAAGAAUUGUUUGACCGGCAUGAGAAUAUCGACAUUUUAACGCUUUCGGAAACGCAUAUAGUUAAUGGACAUUUUGAUGAUAAUGAAGACCUGUACAAAAUACCUGGAUAUAUCAUGUUGGUGAAGAGCACUCGGAAAGUUGGAAGAGGUGGGGGUGUAGCUAUAUAUAUUAAGGAAUGUAUUGAGUGGAGAAGAAGGCAAGAUCUUGAGAAUGAUAGCGUCGAAAUCAUGUGGAUUGAAGUAUUCAUUAAAAAUUCCAAAAGAUGGUUAGUAGCGGUGUAUUAUAGGCCAUCGGAGAGUUCAAGCUAUUUUCCAGCGAAUUUUGAUGAAACUUUUAAUGAUACACUUAGAGAAAGUGCAAACGAGUCAAAAGAAAUCAUAAUCUUAGGAGAUUUCAACAUUAACUUUCUAAAAGCGUGUGACGUUGACUCGGAGAAGUACGUGGCGUGA